AUGGCCUCGUAUCUGGCUGGAAGUGAGGCUUUUACCCGCGAAAAAUUUGUUCCCAAUGUGGACAAAUCCAUUUCUCAGUCCGUAUGGGCGGACAAGUACCGUGGGGCUACCGUUGAAGAUCUGGACCCUCCUCCAGCACUGUCGGUCUCUCCCGGUGAUUCAAUCUCUUCGGCCAUGCUUGCAGCGUACGAACGUGACUUCACUCAUUUGACCGUCAUUUCAUCGACGAAACGAUCUCUACUUGGAUAUCUUAGCAUUCCACGACUUAAGCAACUUCUGAAGGAAGGAGCCGUGAAAGAAUCAGAAUCUGUGUCUGCCGCCAUGCAACGUUUCAACCGGAAGCGGGGCUUAUACCAGGUUAUUAGCAUGGAGACCCCUUUGGAGGAAUUGGAACAGUUCUUUGAGAGUGAAACUGGUCCUAACGGAGAGAAGAGAGAGAAACAAGAGUUUGCCGUGGUGACAGAUGCAUCGCGGAAAUUCGUGCUCGGGGUUGUGACGAAGGCUGACCUGGAGGAGUUCGUGAAGAGGAGGCCAUAG